AUGUCGUUACUGGGCAGAGUUAAUUUGGCACUGGACUAUGUUCAGAAAUCCUCGUUUUGCAAGGGAAUAUCCCUCUCAGAUGGAGAUUCUAUACAAGAUUCUUUGGUUCCUUAUUUUACCGGGUCUUUUAAAGACCUGUCGAAAGAAAAGCAGGAAAGAUCAACAGUCGCUUUCUCCUCAAAGUGUAAAAUAUUCUCUGUACAAGGAUUGCCCUGUUCAGAGUGUAACCAUUUGUUGAAAUUACACAAUUUAAAAAAGAUGCGACGGGAAAAACGUAGCGGGGUACAUCGCAAUUGCAACAAAAGAUACAUGAGAAAAGAAGACGUCUUGUUGCAACUAAACCAGCAAAAGAAGCAACGAUUCAAUGCAGAAAGAAGGGAAACAUACUGGAGGGAAAAAUUUGAAACUGAAUCCCUGCAGUUUGAGGAAGAGGAUCACAGGGAUCUGUCCACAAUCUUAUACAACAUAGACAAGUCUAAAGUUCCACAUGAAAUGGAAUGCCUCUGGACCCAACAGAAAAGUAUCAUGGUCACCAAAAGUAAGCAGGGUUACAGAUGGCACCGAAAGUAAGUUGUUUUCCGCAGGCGUAUCUGUAUAAUAGGUGUUACAUAAGUACUUUAACGACAAGAUAGAAAGUAAAAUGAAACAACAGUAAAUGGCAGGAAAAAAAUACGCUUAUUAGGUUACCCUAACCAUCAGGCCAUGGGCGAAGCGGUCGCUUGUGCACCUAGUAUGUUAAAAGUUUGUUUUAGUAUGCUCCCCCACGAGUUCCCCCUCAGCUAUGCUGACCAGUGCAUAGCAGUCAGUGUUAGCUUGUGCCUACGUAAUUUCAUUCAAUAACGCUUAAUGAAUUUUUCUUUGACAAUAUUAUUUUACAGGAUCAUCAGAUUGUGCAUUGACCUGUAUUGUAAGAACCCCCACGUCCUUGACCCCCUUAGGAAAUUUAUCAUUCUUCCAAGCAACCGCACUAUCAGGUAACCUUGUUUGUGGCAUAUAAUUUGAAACGACCACACUUGACCUUUUACAUUUAAAGAUGAUCUCAUAAUGAAAACGUUGAACAUGUUUACCUUUUCAUUUAGAAAAAUCAAAUUAAAUAAAAAGCCAUGUUCAUUAAUUUCACAGACUCUAUAAGAACAAAGUAGAAGAAAAACCUGGCUGGAACGAUCAAGUGCUAAAAUGGUGCCUGGAGACUGCACAAGAGAAAACUCUCAGGGAGGAGGAUUACUGGGGAGGCUUUGUGAUAGACGAAAUGAAAAUUCAGGUUUGUAUCGGAAAAAAAACUUAUCUGCUAUAAUACUAAAUCGGUACGUUGGAUCGCUCACACAGCUAUAAGGAUUUUGACCUACAGGUUACAUGGCCUGGGCUAGCCUGUAUAUAUGAAAUACUUCUUUCAAGUGCAUCAUUCACAGUGAGUCAUUCAUUUUCAGCUGGUUAUUUCCGUCUGUAAGCAACACAAUCUUAAUUUUAGAACAAAGAGUCAUUGCUUGCUAAAACCAACAUUUGAGAAAAAAACAAACACAGGAAUUCCAACACGAACCUACUUAUUAGUAAGUAAUUUUAAACAAUUUUUUUGCUUUGAUAUUACAAUUAGGAGAGCCUAGAAAUGGUAGUAAAGCAUGGAAAGCACAGGCUAGUUGGAUUUGUUGACCUUGGAGAGGGCCACGAUCUAAUGACAAGCCUGUCUGGUAUGUUCUAUUUUUAAACUAUUUUGGAAACUGAUUAAAACUUUACCUGGUAUCAAAACCUAAUUUCAUUAUUACUUUGGCUAUGUGUUUUUACAGGUAAAACUGAACCACAGUUGGCCACUCAUGUCUUGCAAUUCAUUUUUCAGUGAAAGUGGAUUUCGCUUUCCUGUUGCACAGUUCCCAUCUGGUGAAUGCUCCCCGAGCGAUCUUUAUUUUAACUUCUGGAAAGGCGUCAGAAAAAUGCUGGAGUUUGGUUUCGUGUAA